AUGCUUUUGCUGGUCUUUUACGCCGUCGUAGCCGCUGUUGUGGCGCAAAAUGACAAACCAACCGCAAAAUCAGUUACUCCACACCGCGAACAAUUUAGAGUGAUUUACGAAUGGCGCUCUGUUGACUUCGAAUGGGAAUCUCCUGAUGAUCGUGAAAGUUACCUCAACACCUCUAGCUAUAUUCCUAAAAAUGUUUUAAUAUCUGGAAUUAAUUUCUAUGGGGAUAAUCUCUAUAUGACGUUGCCGCGAAUGUUGAACGGCGUCCCGGCUACUUUGGCGAUGAUACCUGCUUUUCAAAAUGAAACUACAGCUCCGAAACUCAAACCAUUCCCUAGCUGGGCACAAAACAAACUUGGAGACUGUGCUGCUUUACAAUUUGUGCAAAAUAUUGAAAUCGAUCGUAACAGCAUAAUGUGGAUAUUAGAUAAUGGAAGAGUUGGAACACUUACCCCGAAACCGGACUCUAAAUGCCCGCCGUCCAUUGUACUGAUAGACUUGAAAACUGGAAAUAAUGAAAUGGAACGCAUCCCCUUACCAGGCGAUAUAGUGAACCCCAACACAACAUAUUUAAAUGACCUCGUAGUGGACAACCGCGACGGAGACUACGCCUAUAUUACAGACAACAGUGCAGUAGAUCCAGGAAUCAUAGUUUUCCGCAGAAGUGACAAGAAAAUAUGGAAGCUCCGCGACAAACGAUCAAUGUCGUCUGUUCCGGAAGCUACACUUUUCCGCAUCAACGGAACUACGGUAAACCUUCCAGUGAAUGUGGAUGGAAUUGCACUUGGACCGCAAUUUCGUACGGAAGACCAAACCAUCGACCGCACUGUCUACUACUGUCCCCUAUCUAGUUAUCAUAUGUACGCUAUCAACGCAUCAAUUUUGCGAAAUGAGUCCUUGGGAGAACAGGGAGAUGGAGCGCUUCAACCAUACGUCGUAGAUUUGGGAACUAAAACAUCGCAAACUGACGGGAUGAAGAUGGACUCCACUGGCAUUCUCUUUUAUGGUCUCAUUGGCAACUCGACCAUAGCAGAAUGGAAUACCACAACUGAUUUCCGCACCGGUCAACGCACGAUUGCCCGCGAUCCUAACUAUAUUCAAUGGGUGGACCGUUUCACUUUCGAUGACCGUGGUAACAUUUACGUUAUGGUCAAUAGAUUGUUCAACUUUGUAAAAAACCAAGUUUCUAUUGAAGAAGUGAAUUACAGAAUCUUAAGGUCUCACACUGGCUUGAAGAGUUACAUUUAUGGCGAGGACUUGUCCCCACCGUCUGGCCCUGGCCAUCAGCACGGCGGCGCCGCAGUUCCGACGAUUGCCGCUUCUAUAUUGUUGCUAUUAUUUUCCCAUAUCCUAGUUUAG